UCUUUUUCUCUCUUUGGGGCUGCCCCAUCUGCAGGGGCCUCGGCGCCAUCCUUGUUCGGAGGGGUGUCUUCUGCAACUAGUUCCAGUACUCCAUUGUUUGGCUCAUCUGCACCCACUGCAACUCCGGGAUCAGCUUUGCCUGGCGCAUCUGUUGCCGCUUCUGGUUCUCUGUUUGGGACAGCUUCAUCUUCAGGAAGUGCAGGCUCAGCUUUGUUUGGGGCUCCGUUAUCCACGAACAGUUUUGGGUCAAAUACCUUCGGUACAUCUUCAUCGGGCUUGUUUGCGUCAUCUAUAUCAUCGGCAUCGACCUCUUCGUUCCAGAACUCUUUUUCUUCGAGUUCUUCCCAGAGUUUAAGUUCGUCUUCACCAUUUGCGGCUUCUUCUUCUUCUGGAUUUUCAUUUCCGACCACUUCUUUGUCCAAAACUACUAAUAGUGUCACUGCAUCUUCUUCUUCUUCCCCUCUUACAUCAGCUUCAACUAGUUCGUCGAGCUUCUCAUUUGGAACACCUGCUUCCUCAGCGUCUCAAUCUUCCUUCGGGUUUAGUUUUAGCAAUGCAGCAUCAACAGCAGCGUCUGCUGCUCCAGGGACUACUGCGACAAAGCCUACUUCUCUAUCAUUUUCGACUUCCGUGGCACCUUUAUUCUCUACGGUUACUACCACCAGUGCUUCUACUCCAGUUGCUAGUAGCACAACUCAGCCAUCCUUCUCCGUGCCAGCUUUUAGUUUGAGUUCUUCAGCUGCUACUACGAUAUCCACAGCAGCAUCCUCCACUCCCUCAGCUGCUUCCUCAGGUGCUGCAAGUUCAUUUACAGGUUUUGGUGUCACAAACACAGCUUCUUCAUCAAGUCCAAUUGUUUCCUUAUCGUUGCCAACCAAAACACUGACUGCUGCUUCAUCAUCGCAACCACCAGCCUCUUUUGGUUUUCCUUCUCUCCCUUCUGCUUCCACUGCUGCUACCACUUCGUCUGGUUUUAGUGCUCCAAGUCAGAGUCAGACUUCAUCAACUCUUGUUGUUGCAUCCAGUAGUAGUGGAACAACUUCAACAGUUAGCGCUGCAGUGUCUACUACACCAAAAUUACCAUCAGAGAUAACUGGGAAGACUGUUGAAGAGAUCAUCAAAGAGUGGAAUGCGGAGCUUCAAGAGCGUACUGGGAAGUUUCGGAAGCAGGCCAAUGCUAUUGCUGAGUGGGAUAGGAGGAUUUUGCAAAAUCGUGAUAUACUCCUUAGACUUGAGAUUGAAGUUGCAAAGGUGGUAGAGACCCAAGCUGAGCUGGAGAGGAAAUUGGAGCUGAUUGAAACUCACCAACAAGAGGUUGAUAAGGCAUUGUUAAGCGUGGAAGAAGAUGCUGAGCGCAUUUACAAGGAUGAACGUGGUUUACUUCUUGAUGAUGAAGCUGCAUCAACAAGGGAUGCAAUGUAUGAACAGGCUGAAUAUAUAGAACGGGAACUAGAACAGAUGACAGAGCAAAUCAAAUCAAUCAUUCAGACCCUAAAUGCAAACCAGGGAGGAGAACUUGAUGUGAUUGAUGGGAUGACACCAUUAGAUGCAGUUGUUCGGAUUUUGAACAAUCAAUUAAGUUCUUUAAUGUGGAUCGAUGAAAAGGCCGAAGAGUUUUCUUCACGUAUUCAGAAGAUUGCUGCUACUCAGGGUCCUGCUGCAGAUCGUGAAUUGUUGGGUCAGAAGUUCUGGAUGUCUUGAUUUGUAAGCUGCUUUUCAUUUUAAUCGUUGAGAAAAAUGCUUCUGAAUUUAGUGUACACAGGCCUUCACACAUACACUUUUGUGGUUCUCUUUUUGGCGUUGGCUGAACUAAGAAUUGUCUAAUUGCCAAUUGUAGACAGAAAAUUUGUCCUUUUUUAUUUCGUCUCACAAAUAUGUACCAAUUUUUCUGCUUGAAAUUUUUAGUUUUUAUUAGAAAGAUGAGAUAUCCAACCUGUGAUACUGGUUGGUGAGAGGGAAUUUUAUCUAUCAAGAGGGAUGUAUUGUUCCUUUUAGAGGAAAAUCACUGAAUUAUGUUUUAGGUUGAUACUUAAUGGUGCAUUUGGUUUGAUUGGCUAUUA